UCCUCCUCCUCCUCCUCAGGUGGUCAUGCAGCCCCCUGCCCACCCCCACCCCCACCCUGAGAGCUCGUGACGGGAGGGGGGAAGGAGGGUGAACAAUAAUCGCCCCCCUGGAGAAAAACUAAAAACAGGCCAAAAAAAAAAGGGGGGGUGAGACCACCGUGAAGCCACCUCCCAGGAGGGCAAGGAGCCAGGGAGCCACCCAGGGGGCAGUGGAGGAGGGGGUGACCCGGAAAGAUGCGUCCAUGGGCGGGCUCGUGGCGCUGGAUCACCCUGGUGCUGCUGGCCUGGGGCACGCUGCUCUUCUACAUCGGCGGGCACCUGGUGCGCGACAGCGAGCGCCCCGAGCACUCCAGCCGCGAGCUCUCCAAGAUCCUGGCCAAGCUCGAGCGCCUCAAGCAGCAGAACGAGGACCUGCGACGCAUGGCCGAGUCACUACGGAUCCCUGAGGGGCAGUCAGAGAGGGGGCCGGUGGCCGUGGAGAAGCUGCGUACACUGGAGGAGCAGCUGAACAGAGCCAAGGAGAAGAUCCACAGCUACCAGCAGCGCUCUGGAGACGUGGGCCCUGGCCAGGAGCAUGAGGAGUUGCGGAGGAAGAUUGAGAAUGGCGUGCGGGAGCUCUGGUACUUUGUGCGCAGUGAGGUCAAGAAGCUGGGCGACACUGACGGGCCCAUCCGCCACCGGCACACAGACAACCUGCUUCAGGACCUGGGCCACCAGCAAAGGUCUGUUAUGACAGACUUGUACUACCUCAGCCAAGCAGACGGAGCGGGAGACUGGCGAGAAAAGGAGGCCAAAGACCUAUCUGACCUGGUGCAGAACAGAAUCACAUACCUACAGAACCCUGCGGACUGCAGUAAGGCCCGUAAGCUGGUGUGUAACAUCAAUAAGGGCUGUGGUUACGGCUGCCAGUUGCACCAUGUGGUCUACUGCUUCAUGAUCGCCUAUGGCACGCAGCGCACGCUCAUCCUGGAGUCGCACAACUGGCGCUACGCCGCCGGUGGCUGGGAAAGUGUCUUCCGGCCCGUCAGCGACACCUGCACCGACCGCACCGGUGCCUCCACCGGACAGUGGUCAGGUGAGGCCCACGAUCGUGAAGUGCAGGUGGUGGAGCUGCCCAUCGUGGACAGCCUCCAUCCGCGGCCCCCCUACCUGCCGCUGGCCGUGCCGGAGGACUUAGCUGACAGGCUGCGCCGUCUCCACGGUGACCCCUCCGUCUGGUGGGUGUCCCAGUUCGUCAAGUACCUGGUGCGGCCGCAGGCCUGGCUGGAGAAGGAGAUUCACGAGGCGUCCGUCCGCCUGGGCUUCAAGCACCCCAUCAUCGGGGUCCAUGUGCGUCGCACCGAUAAGGUGGGCACGGAGGCGGCCUUCCACCCCAUCGAGGAGUACAUGUCGCAGGUGGAGGAGCAGUACCAGCUGCUGGCCCGACGCCUCCCAGUGGACAAGAAGCGCGUCUACCUGGCCACAGACGACCCCACACUCCUACAGGAGGCCAAGACCAAAUACCCAGACUAUGAGUUCAUCAGUGACAACGCCAUCUCCUGGUCGGCUGGCCUGCCUAACCGCUACACAGAAAACUCCCUGAGAGGCGUCAUCCUUGACAUCCACUUCCUCUCCCAGACCGACUUCCUGGUCUGCACCUUCUCAUCACAGGUGUGCCGUGUGGCCUACGAGAUCAUGCAGACGCUCCACCCGGACGCGUCCAGCUACUUUCGCUCACUGGACGACAUCUACUACUUUGGCGGGCAGAACGCGCACAACCAGGUGGCCAUCUACGCGCACCGCCCACGCGACGGUGAGGACAUCCCGCUGGAGCCCGGCGAUGUGGUCGGCGUUGCCGGCAACCACUGGAACGGCUACUCCAAGGGCCUGAACCGCAAGCUGGGCCGCACGGGCCUCUACCCCUCCUACAAGGUCCGCGAGAAGGUGGAGACGGUCAAGUAUCCCACGUACCCCGAGGCGGACAAGCUGCUGGCCUCAUAGAGAGGACAGAGAAGAAAAAGGAGGGGAAAGAGAGAGAGGAGGAGUGAGCUCUUCAAGAAAGAUGACGACAAAAAGGAGGCAGUUCUAGAGACAAAAAUGGAGCAAAAUGAAGGAACAAAAUGGAGAGUACGUGGGCUGGAGCAUGUUGUGUUGUGAAGGAGUUGCACAAACUGGUGUCGCCACUGAUGUGGAGAUGGAGCUGAAGGGUAUUCCUGACCUCCAGUUGUGUAGAGUGUGUGUGUGUGUGUGUGUUUGUGUGGGUGUGUGUGUGUGUUUGUGAGGGUGCGUGCCUUUGCCUCUUAGUGAACAGGUGUGUGAACACAUGAUUGAUUGAACCAGGGCACUGAAAGCUUCUAUAUGGGAGCAGCAACGAGUGUACGCAUAUCCCAGUGUGCACUGCAGCAAGGGGGUCAAAGCCCUUAAGUAAUGACUGAUAUGAACUUCAUAAAUCAAGCGGAAGACAUAACCUGAAAAAAGAACUUAAAGAAGAAAAAAAAAACAAGUGGAGAUUAAAAAAAAAAACCUGAAAGAACUGUUUCCCUUUCUCUUUAAGUUGACCAUAUUCAGUAGUUUAAACUCAGCACUGGCCUUUCAUGACCUUCCUCUCCCUCCCUUUCGUCCUCUGACUUUUUCUCUCCCAUCUUUUGGGUUCUUUCUUUCCUCUUUUCAUUCUCCUCUUUCUCUGUCUUCACCAAAUCUCUGUCAUAUCUUUCACUUCUGUCUUGUGUCUUCUCUCUCACCUGCCAUUAAGUUGUCUACACCAUUUGAUGCUCUUAGAAGGAAAGGGACUUUUCAGUCCUGGAUCUGUAUGUGUGUGUGUGUCUGUAUCUGUGUCGGUGCCUGUGUGCUCAUGUUGAAGGCGCACCCCUUAAUGGUGCUUAUUGACAGCAUUGUAAAUGGCUUUUGGAUUUCUCUAGAAACUUGAUGGUGCAUAUUUCUGUGUGUGUGUGUGUGUAUGCGCGCAUGCAUGUGUGUGCGUGUGAGAGAAUGAUAGUGAUACAACCUUUUAGAAGGUCCCGCUUACCACCUCACCACUCCUCCCCCGUCCCCCUAUUCCCAUCCCGAGGCACUCUCCCUGAACGGUGUGUUCCCUCCAGAGGUUCCUCAGGGUCCCACUCCUGCCCCCUCACCCCACACACAGAAGACGUCACCUUGCUGCCGUGAUAGAGAGGUGUCUCAAAAGACAUGGAGUGAUGACGGUUACGGUAUGACGUUCACACAAGCAAGAACAUUAAACUAGCUUACGUGAGCUAGCAGGCUAAGUUGGCUGACAGAUGGCACAGACCAGGCGCUAUAAUCGGUUACAACAACGAUGUAAUCAGAUAGUGCCGUCUUUAUUUCUCACUAGAUUUUGACAAAUCUAAGCUAAUCUAAUCUAAUAGGCAGCAUGGAGGACACAUCAUAGCUCCCUUCAGAAAUGACCAGUAUGGGGGUAGUUUGAAGGUAUCUUAGAUGUAAUGAAAAGAGAGUUUGAUCAGUUUGGAACAGCACUUGUUGCCUCGCUUACCUGUAAGAUAUCUUAAAAGGCAGCAGUUUUACCCGUUUGGAACAGAGCCACAGUCUCCACCAGCCUAAACACCACCACCCCCAUGCCUCCAUUCCCUCUGACUGUCCUAUGCUGGGCAUUCCCAUGUCUUUGUUUGGCUCACUUGUAACUGAUUGUCACUUGUGUUUGAGACUCUUUUAACUCCAAAUGAUGGACUGUUUUUGUAAUGAAGGCUUUUUAAAGAGGUGAUGCUGAGGGCUUCAAAGGAGAACGCCUGUCGUUUCGGACAGCUCCAGGUUACCCAGGAUGCCGUGCUUUCCCGUUGAGUUCAGAUGGACUUUGUGCAGAUGGCCUUUUCUUUGAUAACCACAGACCCAUUAAAAUGGAGAAACACCUA